CCCUGUUCGCGACGUUACUCUUACGACGUUAUUUUCUCUUGUCUCCUCUUUCCGGAUUUCUUCUUCUUCGCUCGAAGUACUACAUUCAAAAAAAAGAAAAACCUUAUUAGAAACAUCGGAUUGCCACGUGGUGUGAAGAAACCCCAGUGGGAAAACCGGUGCAUUUUAGUACUACCCACUCAAUAUUACGUUUUAGCUCCAGUCCUUACUGUGUGACUGUGUGCUCUGUAUUUCCCUCUGUUUUUUUCACUUCCGUCUCUUUCUUCAUCUCUGUUUUUCAGUUCUUCUGGUUUUGGGAAACUCUAAAUUCUGCACACAGUCACCCACUGACCUAAAUUGAAGAAAGAACCUCUUCCUGCCACAUUGUCGUUUCGUUAAAAGGUUCAGGAGAAUUGAGAAAGAAGAGAUUUUGAAGAAGGGCUUCCCAGCUGGGUUUUUCCUUCACAUUCAUUUUCACUGAAAAAGUAUGUAUUUUUACAUGGCUAUUUUUGUUGCUAAUUUGGUUAAAUGGUUGUUAUAAGAGCCAAAAGAAAGAAAAGAAAAAAAAAAGAUCGAAACUUUCUUAGGAAGCUGUAACCGGUGGACCUGCCGGUGGAUUUUUGAGUGUUACUAAUCUAGCUUUGAUUAUCUUAUGUUUCCGUUACUUAAAAUCAUUUUUGACCAAAUAUUAAUGGAGAUUGUUAUUAUCAUAACGAAUUUUGGCUCUUUUUUUUUUUUUUUUUGGUUGAAAUUGAAUUAGCGCCAUUGUCAAUUGGUCAUGUAAUUACUUUUGUUCACGUUCUUUUUCCCCUUUGAAUCAUGGGUUGGGAAGGUCCAUAGUUGCAGGGUUUUCUAAUCAUUUACUCCUUCUCGCGAGUUGGGUGUGACCCCUCCAAAAAUAGUGUUAGUCAUCUACUUUCUCCAUUUUCAAUUGAUGAUAUUAUUAAUUAUGACAGUUAUGAAUUAAAAUUCAGUAGAUUAUUAUUCAUAUAUAAAUGAAUGGACUAAAAAAUUAGAUAGCCGUUGUCAAACCAUUGCAUUUUCAUGCUGCCGACAGUGGUAAUUAUUGAAUAAAAUUUGGAGUAUUGGACCCUUUCUAUAAACAAACAAUUUAAAGUCAUUUUCACGCUUUAUCAAUCUGAAAGAUUUGAAACCUGAAAUGAGGGAAAGUCCAAAAAAGAUUGUUGUUUGAUCUUUCCUCUGUAUAUUAUGUCUUCCAAGCUAAGUCUUUCCUAGCCGUUAAGCUGGGACGUACUACUUGUAAUAACCUAUAUAACCUUUUUCUAGCAUUUUCGGAUCAGGAAGUUUUGAUGGGGUCUUUUUAUUUUUAAUGGUUAUGUGCUUGGUUCAAAGUUUUGAUUGAUGAAAUGUCCUUUUCUGGGUGGGAGAAAGGUGCCUUUCAGAACACUUGAUUAUUUGGAGAAAACGGUGCAUUAACUCAUUAAAUCCUCAAAUCAAGUAGUUUUCAUUUUUUAAGUGUAUAUAUGGAAAACUCGCUUGUCUCUGUCUUUACAUAAACAUGUGUUUUUUAAUUCCCCAUGUAAUCUUACAGUUAAUACAUAUCUUCCUGUUCUCAGUGGGUUUGCUGAUGCUUUAUGUCCAUUGUAUUUUUUGCUUUCAGUUUACAUCCCAAUCUACCUAUUGGUGAGACUGCAAGCUUUACUUUUCUGCUUCAUAUGUGGCUUUUUCUUGGUGCUCAUUGCAGUACCGCUGAUCACGUUACUAUUACUCAUUUCAAAGCCGAACAUUGCAGAAUCUGGUACAGGUUUUGCAGUUUCUGUUUGUGUAUGUAAAUUCUAUAAGUCUUUAGGCUGAAAAAGGCUACUUGAUUUGUACCCUUUUGUGUCUAAUGUUUGAUUCUUGUUAUAUGUUGACUACCUAGCUUUGUGCAUGUUUAAUGAGAUGCAGAUUAAAUAAGACCACUUUCAAUUAAAUUCCAAUUAAAAACAAUGUUCAUAUCUGCAGAGAUUUGGUGGCCAACUUUGAUAAUUCAUUAUCAUAUGUGGUACCAAACUUAUGCUUUGACUGUUUGUUUUUUUUAUGCUCUUGACAUAAUCUUUUCGCUGGUCAAAACCAAUUAUAUCCAACUUGCGAGUUGCGUCUGAUUCUUUAUCUGAAGAACUUAUGAUCUUUAACUAGAUUAUGUAAUUUACUUUUUGAAGCCUUCAUCCACCUCCAACAUCCAGAAUUGCUGUAUGUACCUCAAUUCAUGGUUCCAGUUUUAUAAUUCUGUAUGUUACCAUGGUCAUAUUGUACUUUGUUAGGCUUAAAAUUAUCUUUGAGAGUAUUCAUAUUUCCUCUCUCUCUCUCUCUCACACAUUCACUCACAUUACAUCAUAUGAUUUUUUAACCGUAUUUCUUAUUGCAUGCAUGAUGACUGAUGUUGUAUUUGGUGCAGCCUUGACAUUGAAAAGUGGAGGUGUCUAUUGUGAAAAGCUGGUGUUAGAUAUCCUUCUUGAGCAUUAUGAUCUUAUGUCCGUUCAGAACAGCAAAAAUAGGUUUCAUGUUUAUUUAGCAGUGGAGAGAUUGACUCAAAAUUAAUUGAAUGGCAUCUGGAUAAUAAAUAUGUAAGCAUAUUGCUGCAAUUGAACCUGAAAAUGAAACAACUGAUGGAGAGAGUUCUAGUUUGUCUUCUUACUCUGGGCUGGAUUGAGCAAUGUCUUUCUGUGGUUGAUGGACGCUCGAAUUCAUCUGAGACUGAUCCGUGGACAUGCACCUGUUUCACUUCUGAUCAAAGGAAUCUGAGUGUAGCUGUCCCAGCAAGCUGUUAUGCAUCUUGUGACUGCAAUCCAGCUACAGGAGGCUCCAGUGAAAACUCAUGGACAUGUGGAUGUUUGGCUGAUGGUUUGCCUAAAGUGGCUUCAGGAAAUAAUUACACGAGCUGUUUUACCAAUUGUGACUGCAAAUCAGGUACUGCAAUUGAAAUGCAAUCUUCAAGGAAGCAGAUCAGAAGCAAGAUUAUUGUAAUUGUUCUCGUGAUAUGUAUUACUUUGUUAACACUUGCAUUCAUAGCUUCCUUGCUAUGCUUUAUCUACCGAAAGCAUAAAUGGCCUAUCAAACGGCCAUUGUUCUUCUCUGACAAGGAAACAAGUUGGAGCAGCGCUACCAGCUUAAUUAGCAAAGGAGUGAUAGAUAAAGCAUCUGCACAUGCACCAAUCCUACCUAUUUCAGGGUGCUUUCCGAAGGUGGCGUUCAUAUUCAGAAACAAGACAGGAACAUUUAAAGGAAUGAUCAUAGAGUUCUCUUAUUUUGAAUUGGAAAUGGCAACGAACAAGUUUGCUGAUUCUAACUUGAUUGGUGUCGGGGGAAGCAGUCAAGUUUACCGUGGGCAUCUCAAAGAUGGAAAAGUUGUGGCAAUAAAGCGAAUGAAAACCCUAGCAGGAUCAGAUGCUGAAUCCAUUUUCCUGAAAGAGAUUGAACUAAUAGCAAGACUCCAUCAUUGUCACGUGGUUCCUCUUCUCGGCUUCUGCUCAAUACGGCAAGGAAAACAAGCUGAAUGGCUGCUUGUGUUUGAAUUCAUGUCUAAUGGUAAUCUGAGAGAGUGCUUAGAUGGGGCUUCUGAGAAAUGUUUGGAUUGGGGAACUCGUGUGACAAUUGCACUUGGAGCUGCAAGGGGCUUGGAGUAUCUUCAUGAAGCGGCUGCACCAAGAAUUUUGCAUAGAGAUGUCAAAUCUACAAAUGUACUCUUGGAUGAAAACUGGAGAGCUAAGAUUACUGAUCUUGGUAUGGCAAAACAUCUGCAAAAUGAUGGCAUUCCCAGCUGUCCCAGUUCGCCAGCUAGAAUGCAGGGUACUUUUGGGUAUUUUGCACCAGAGUACGCAAUUGUUGGAAGAGCUUCUCUGAAGUCAGAUGUUUUCAGCUUUGGGGUGGUUCUUCUUGAACUGAUUUCUGGGCGAAAACCUAUCCAGACAUCUGAUGGUAAAGGAGAAGAGAGCCUUGUGAUAUGGGCAACACCUCGACUGCAAGACAGUAGGCGGGUGAUUUCAGAGUUGCCAGAUCCAAAGUUGAGAGGAAAUUUCCAUGUAGAAGAGAUGCAGGUGAUGGCUUAUUUAGCGAAAGAAUGUCUAUUGUUGGAUCCUGAAUCUCGACCCACAAUGAGUGAAGUGGUUCAAGUUCUUUCAACUAUUACACCUGAGACAUCAAGGAGGAAAAACAUGUCUGUCCACUUGUUCCAGAGCUCAUGCAGUGAUAUCCAAGAAAGUAUAGACAGAUUGUUACUUGAUCCUGUUGAAGAUGAAGAGCUAAAACACAUGACAUUGGAUGGAACUUCUGACGAAGAUUCAUUUGUAUUGAACAUCAGAACGAACGAUUGCCAAAAAAUGAAUGACAAAGAAGUUAAUUCUGUUUCCGUCGAUUCCAUGGAGAGCUUGAUCCUCCUUGCCUCGAAUGCUAGGAGCUGGCGUUCUCAAGAAGAUGAAGCUGUAGACUUAACUGAACCCCGGUUUGAAAAAUUCUGUGUGUCAAACGUCACUGCAAUUUCAUGAAUGGGGUAGAAACUGCAACAAAAUAGCUUAUGUAAUAUGCUAAUCCAAGUCGCUUCAUGCAUGAUGAUCAUUCUCCAGGUUUAACUUUAUGAUUCAAGAGGAAUUAGCAAGCCCUGAUUUUCAUUUUUAGGUUAGAAAAUCAGAGAUUUGUUUGAUGAUCUUAGUGAUUUUUUUAAUUUCUUUAAUUUUUUCACCUCAUGAAAUCCGGUGUACAUUACCAUUAUAGAAAGUUCUGUAUCGUCUAUAGUUGGAUGAAAAACCAAGUAUCACAUAGUUCCUUUUCAUAGCCACGUAUGUGUUUCUGGUUUAGAAUUCAAGUUGCAGAAACAGGUUUAUCGUGUAGAAAUUUAAGGCAGAUUAUGAUGUAUCUUGCACAGUAAUGGUCCGAGGACCGACUCUUCCUUAACUGCAGCCUCAGUUGUGUAUUGACUGGUAGCUGUAGGAUCAUCUUUUUUUUUUUUUUUUUUUUGAGGAAAACUGUAGGAUCAUUGAAGCAAACUCAACUAAUCUGAUGUUAGGUCAGUUUGAGCAGAUGAAAAAGCCUAACAAAUGCAAACUCUGCAGCAAUUAACUUCAUCUAACUUCCUCUGAGUUUCUCCUUACUUUCUGUGAAGAGAAAAAAGUUAUUGUCAUUGUUAAUGUCCAUAUUGGCAAAAGGGUUUUCCCUAUAUUAGUUGUUUAUAUGAUCAGACUUGCAACUGCCAGUUCCCCCUUGAAUGGUAGCUGGAUGGAAGGCCUCUUUGAGUUAAGAAAAGACAUAUAAUACACUCAAGCUUUGCUAAAUCGCUCCUCUUUAAGUUACAUUUCACUUGCAUAGCUAUGAAUCCACCAACCGCUGCUCCACCGCCUCAAAUACCGCUGCUGUCGCCGCCAUGUACAUGGCCAAAAUCGGGUGGAUGUCUUCUUGGCUCAACAAUGUAAGUGUGUGUUCAGCCCUUUUGUCAAAAGAAUGAGAGAAAUGGAAACAAGAAAUUGACUUGGAUUUUUUUUUUUUUUUUCCUUCAUGAAGCUUAUGGUUCUUAUCCUGCUGUGGUUUGAUUUCAUGCUGCUGCAUUACUCCUCCACUGUUUGAGCCAGGGCCUGAACCUCCAUAAGAUUGCUUGCAGUUGUUCCCGCAAUGCGGAUUAAAGAAUUUAGACAGUCUUAAUAUCGAUUUGUUCAAGUUUGCAAGUUUGAUCUCCAGCAACAAUCUCUUGUCUUAUAAAUGAUCAGUGUUACUUUCUCUCUAUCUCUCUAUAUUGGCUGUUUUGGAAGCAUAAUCUGAAUUCAUUUUUAAAAUGAAGCUCGAAUACUGUCUAUCGUCAAAAACAUCAAACUUUCCUUGUUGAGCAAAACAUAUAUAUAUAUAUUGGAACAAUAAAGGAGGCUUGUUGAGCAAAAUUUUGGGUGCAGUACUGAAAAUGGAGAUGGAAAAGGGAGCUGUUAUUUAGAGUAUUAUUUUCCAUGGUGUAAUAAAUCGGAGGAAAAAAGAAAGUGUCAAACUAUGAAGAACACAAAACAAAUAUGACACAUUGAUAUGCGAUCCACUUGAUAUUUUAGGCCAAUAAUGAAAAGCCAAACGCAAUUAAAAAUGAUUUUAAAAGGGAACAUUUUCAAGGAAAAAAAAAAGAUUUUAAAAGGGAAAAAUUAUCUUUACUCUUUUUUUUUUUAAUACAAUGAGAGAGGCAAAAGUAUAUUUUUGAGAGAUUACAACUUUAUAUGGAUAUACUUCCUCUGUCCUUAUUAUAAGG